AACCAAACAUGGCGGACGGUCUUGGAUUCGCGAGAAAACAACUUGAAAAGCACGGCUGGAGCGAAGGUAAAAUUACAUGUUUGAGCAAUGAGAACGAAAUUUUUACUAAUAAGGCUGUAAGUGAGGGAACAAGUAAGUUUGUGCCCUGACGGUUUUCAAGAAACCAAACGCAGAACGGUUUAUCUCCCACGUGGUACUUCGUCCCUUAAAAUAAGCUUACAUUUUGUGGUAAAACUUGGCUUUAUGGCAAAAGACAGGGGCACUUUCAACCACCGAACCAAAGGACCUAGCUUGGCAACUACAUGAAACUCAUCUGAUUAAUGUAUUUCUCAUUCUUUUUGUCCAAUGCACAUGUAUGUGGGCUGAAAGGAAAUCAUCUGACGAACCUCUCUUAUCUUUGCAAGAACAACUCAGUUUAUAGAAGGAUAAGCUCAAGUUUAGCUUUUUCUUCUCAGUUAAUGAAGCCAUUUAAUUCACUUUUUAAUUCAUUUCCAGGUAAAGGACUUGGAAAAGAGGAAAGUGGGAUUUCAAAAGCCAUUAAAGUCAAUGUUAAAACUGAUUUGGCAGGGGUAAGCUACAUUUUUUUCGAAACUGUUUCCCUCCCUCCUCCCAACUUUUCCUUUUCCCUUUUUGGCGGGGAAACAUAGACAUGUUCAGAUCAACUGAUCAAUCUUUGCAUCCUACGGGACACAUGCUAUGAAUUACUUUGCAUUUUGGGGGAUUUUUAAUUAUACAAAAGGGACGCAGGACACAGAGGUAACAAAAUCACUGCACUUGUUACAUUUAGUUACAGAAGUUCUCAUAAAGCCCUUAUGUUGCUUGCCAAAAAAUUGAGAAUUGCCCCUCUCACAUUUGUCUAACCAUGGCAUUCAUUGUCUUAACCAUGGCAUUCAGCAAUGCCUUGCAGUAAUGUUUAGCCAGAGCAGCCGUGUCUCCCACCACAAUUGUAGGGGUAUGACCCAGAGGGCCCCUUUCCUUCAGAAGAAGAUAACAAUGUUGUUGUCAAACCAAUUUCUUUAGAUAAAAGGCAUUCAAUAGAGUGCUAUUUGUUGGAUGUUGUUGACCCUCUAACCCAGUCCACUCAACUGGGUAUCGAUCUUUAUAUUCAAACCCUAGACCUGGUCAGUGAUAGAAUGGAAUGAUAGUUAGAUCUCCCUGGAACAGAAAAUUACUACCCAGACGUGAGGAGGACAGGCUCCGAUGUAAAAGUGAUCAGGAUGCUUGUGGGGGAAAUUGCAACUACACCCCUAAAAAAAAAACAAUGUUGGUAGGGCUCGGGCUUUAUUUGACCCCCAGGAAGAUGCUCAUUUUUUGACAAGUCUGAAAAAAGGCAGGUGCAUGUUCAAUUGUUUAAAUUGUUACUAAUAAUAUAAUAGGACUUAAAGAUAAUGCUUGUUUAGAGUAUCUGGGGUUUCCACUUUCACCAGCAAGCCCACCAAAGAACAUUUCUCAUGGCAGUCCGAGAAAAUGAAUGUCAAAUUUCACAAAAUUACAUCUUACACUUGAAAUUUUCAGAAUUUUGCCCGUGUUUUCACAAUUCUUGUGAACUCUUAGUAGUAAUUUUCUGUUCCGGGGAGAUCUAACUAUCAUUCCAUUCUAUCCCUGACCAGGUUUAGGGCGUGAAUAUAAAGAUCGAUACCCAGAUGAGUGGACUGUGUUAGAGGGUCCACAACAUCUAACACAUAGCUAGCGCUCUAUUGAAUGCCUUUUAUCUAAAGAAAUUGAUUCGACAACAACGUUGUUAUUUUCUUCUGAAGGAAAGGGGCCCUCUGGGUCAUACCCAUAUAAUAAUAUUAUUGUGGUGGGAGACGGCUGCUCUGGUUAAACAUUGCUGCAGGGCUGAUCGACAUCACUGAACGCUGGUGAGAGAUUAUCUAAGGUUUCUUUGUCAUAGGCGUUAAUAUUCGAACUGCUGUCUCGGGGUAUACCUGGGUAUACGAGGCAAACGCACCGUUUGAUCGACAACGACAAUAUGCUGCUCCACAAUUUCCUCAUCCACUUUCGUCUGGGAAAUCUGGUCAAUUCUUCGUAAAACGGAGUCAAGAAACCUUGGAAAGUCAGACUCCACAUCGAAGUGGAGCCUUGUGUCAUCUUAAUAUUAAGCUUCUAUUUCCAUAGCUGGCAUUCUAGCCGCCACCGCCGCCAUGUUUUUAACAAGCAAUGAUCUGUGUCACUGACCAGAAGUAGUGAGGGCUCAAAAGAGUUGAAUGAAUAGUUGAAUGUUGAAUUAAAGUUGAAUGUUGAAUGAAUAGUUGAAUGUUUUAAAAAUUAAAGUUGAAUGUGGAAUAAAUGGUUGAAAUUGUUGAAUAGAUAAUUGAAUGGGUGAAUAAGGAAUUGAAUAUAAAAUGAAUAGUUGAAUGUUGAAUGCGAAGUUGAAUAUUAAAUAACGCGUUGAAUGUUGAAUAUAAGUUGAACAUUAAACGCAUAGUUGAACACAUAAUACAAAACUACAUAUAAAAUUAAACGAAUUGAAUAUUGCUACAUUUGGCUUGCCAUACCCAUACAACUGGAUGGGACUUUUUAUUAGACUGACAUUUAUUCCAUUUUGUAUGUAGGUUGGUUAUGAUGCUGGAGACCAGUUUAGUUUUCACUGGUGGAAUCAUGUCUUCAAUAAAACUGCAAAGAGCAUUGUGGUCCAAGAAAGUGAGGUACAUUUUGGAAAGAACAUGUGUCUCUUGUCCAGCCCUUCUCUUCUUGAUCCUCAAAGAUAAAGUCUUGAUUUUGAAGUUGUGUUUUUGUAACUUUUGAGACUGCACAUGAAAGCUACUGAUAAGUACUUUCCGGUGUUGCUGGCAGUUUAUUAUUCUGUAUAAGGCAGAUCUAAAUUUUGAGUAACAUUGUAAUUGUAAAAUUGUCAUUUCCUGAUUAGGAAGGAGUGACGGUAUUGAAAUCCAGCAAAGAAACAUGUUCUGUGAGUAACAAAAGACCAAGCAAAAACUCCAACAAACCAAGGCUGUAUGGAAGAUUUGUGAAGGUAAAACAAUCAUCAUUUAUUCCAACAGCAUCUUGACUUAAAGUGUAUGUACAAAUUUUGUUUUAAACAUUACUUUCUGUUUAUUUGAAAAAUCUUUUCUUUUUCUGUUUCAGGCUUCUAGUCAGACACAGGAAACUAAAACACAAGAAUCAGAUGAUGACUCUGAAUCAGAAAAAGAUUUCUCACAUUUGUGAGUAUCUAAAGAGUAAUAAUUAACUGGUGAUUCUUUAGGUUUUUUACAGUACAUUCCAAAUCUCCCUAUUACAGCUGUAAGACAAAUAAUUUAUAGUAAUAAAAAAGAAUAAGUAUAUUAAUCUUGAAUAAUUAUUAUUCAAGAUUAAGUGUCAUCGCUGUCCAAAAAGGUCUCCCCUUUUAAAGUGUAUUUUGUUGAUAAGCACUCCUCACCACCUUACAUGUUCCUUACAAGGAACAAUAAUUGUUCCUCAAAUAUGAAAGUUACAUGUAAGGUGGUGAGGAGCGCUUAUCAACAAAAUACACAUUGAAAAGGGAGACCUUUUUGGAAAGUGAUGCCAUUUAAUCUUGAAUAAUUAAUAUACUUACCUGUACCCAAUAUAUUUUGAAUUGAAGUGGGCAAUACCAAUAUUACUAUAUAAGUACUCUCCUAGUGGUCCUAGUGGUCUGAGCUGAUACAAGGUUUUCAUCUCAGCUAGCAUGGUUGUAUCUCUAGAAAUCAAUUUUCAUGCUUACGUUUGCCAGCCAUAACCAGACUUUUGCAGCCAUAGCCCAAGUAGAAGGCAUGAAAAAUAAUAAUGCAGUAAUAAUAAUACUACUAAUGACACUGAUAUUAUAAUAAUAUUUAUAAAUCAUUUUAUAUUUAUCAAUUAUUCCAUGAGUGCAGGUUGGAUAUGAGAUGGUAGAUAGCCAACGAGGCACAUAGUGCCAAGUUGGCUAUAAUCUUAUAUAUAUAUAUGGAUAUAUUAGAAAUGCCCACAAAACGCUGAGAAAUCGUCCGACUUUAUUUGUAAAAACAACUGAUUUUCAGCUUGUUUUUAAUUUUGAGCAGAUGCGUACAGUUACCAUAUUUGGAGAGCAUGGUGUAAUGGCUCAUAUAUCAUGAUGGCUAAGCCAAUCGGAGCUCUAGAAUCGCAUCAUCCAAUGAUUCCGUUUUUAAUAAUAUUCUUGUUAUUAAAUAUUGUUAUUAUUCUUCAUUUUCAGAUGUCCAGAUGAAAGGCUUUUCCAAGCUUGUGGGGGUAGAACAGCUCACAAGUAAGUCAAAAACAUAGUUUUUAAUGCUACAGUGGAGUUAUCAACAGUAUCACUUCCUAGAAAAGUUAUUAUCCAGUAGGAGGCAGCAUGGCCGAGUGGUUAGAGCGCUGGUCUUGCAAUUCAGAGGCCUCAAGUCCGGCCCUGACUGCUAGCUGGAUUUGUUCACAGUAGUCCCGAGGCCAAAUCCUCGGCCACUUGUAAAUAGCCAACUGGUUUGCCUCUGAGCAGUUAUAUUGGGAUUCUUAACCCCAUUAUGUUUGAUUGAAAUUAUUUGUUUCAGGGAUUUGCUCAGUUCCACUAACAUUAGUACUAUAAAUACUUUGGAGGGCAAAUGAUGGAAAUUUAUCUUUUUUAAUGUUAAUUUUAACCAUGUUUUAGGUCCCUAUAUUCAUUGGUUUACUUACUGGCUCUCACAAAGCUAAAUCUUAAUUUAAAGUUGUAAGCCUCCAGAAAAUUAAAACAUUGGACUGAAGACAACAAAUUGAUUUUGUUAUCAAGUUAUGAAUUUUGAGGGAUUAGCAUAAAAUAAUUUUUUGCUCUGAAUAUUUGUUGUCGGUUUGAUGUCUGCCACUCUCUCAGGUAACAGGCAACCCAGGCAACCCUCCUAAGCUGUACUUUUCCAGGGAAGCUAGAUGGGCAGGACUGUUUUUGAUUCCUGGCUUACUUGUUUUUUGUUUUGUUUAAAUACUAGAGCUGCUCGUCAUGGACUCCUCUUGAAUGGCAAACUGCAACGAGUUGAAAAACAGGAAAAAAUGGGGAAUUCAGAUGACAGGUACAUUUUACAGAAAUCAUACUUUUACAAUAAAGGCAUGCAUAUGUAGUCACUACUUUGUAAAGAUAUCCGAUCAUUUGCUUUCUCUGUUGCUUAAAGAACUUAGAUUGCGGUCUGUUUGACAAGCAUUACAAUUUAGAAGGAAAAUACAGUCCAACUUCCAUGUGCGUUAACCUCUUGUAAUCGAUCAUUUAUCUAAAUUUCCAAAAAUUUCUACACCAAGACCUUAUAGACAGAACUUCGUAUCCAGGACCGCAAACAUUUGUUGGGGUAACGAAUUUAUGAGGCCCUUCUUGGUGGGGGGGAGGGGGGGGGGUGCUGAUGGGGGUUAAAGGGGAGGGGUUGAGGAGUGAGCAGGUACGGUGUACGUGUAUUUCUAGUCUGAAACCCUGAAUUUGUUUAGCGUAUUGAGGAGAAAGCCGUGUCUUUUACAAGUCAGUAGUGUACUACUGUAUUCGCUCUUGUCUUGUCACCAUUCCGUCUGUCUUAUGCCACUGUUUUAUGGCCAAGUCACUUGGGCAAUUUACCCUAAACAGGGCGUCACUUGCGCCGUGUGGUUGUUUCUAACCUCUUAUAAGCAAUAACUUAGCAUAAUCGUGCAAAUCCUUAGGCUCACUGUAAGUCGGUAGCUCGACUCCCGUCAAGUGAAUGAAAACUUUCGUGGCAUUCCAGCUCUCAUAAUUCCUUGUUUUUAUACUCGUUAAAGUUUAUUACGCUUAUAAUAACUCUGCCCCGGGGAAAAUUGGAAAUGUUCUCUUCAUCUCCUGGAAUCUUUCUGCUUUGUUCUGUUCAACUUCCAGGCAUAAGAAAGGUAUACUAGUAGGAAAUCAUUGAUUACGGAUUCGCGUUCGUCGCUUUAGUCGAAAGGAGUUCAGUCUCCCGACCGGCCGAGAUGCCCCUGAUAACAUUAAUAGGGACGGCUAAUUUGCAGUCACCCGUGAUGGCUCAAAAAUUUCCGCCUUAGUGCCACAGGAACACCAGAUUAGGAUGCGUUCUGACGAACGCGAAUAGAUCACGAAAACCACAACCAGCCAAGUACGAUCCCAGCCAUUGAAAAUGUUUGGAACUAGAACUGCUCCCUUUUGUUGGAAAAAAAAUUACCCGAGCAAACGACGAUUGACGACAAAGUACGGUAGAUAGUUUGUUAACAAGCAUAAUGUAUGUAGCUCCCACAGCUGACCUACAGAUUCCUACUGUACACAGCCAGCUAGACUACAAAUAUUCACAUACGUUCGUCCCUGUCAUUUAUCUGAUACAAGCUUUUCUUAAGGACAGCAGUCGCUAACAAGUAACUUAAAGAGAAGAAAUAGGCUUGUUUGCGUAUUGUAAGAAGGUUGUUUACGGAAACUUUGAUAAGGAUAUUUCCAGAAAAAAAGGGUGUGCGUUGGUUUGGUGAGGGUCUCGCCGUUUCCUCCUCCUGAGAAGCGAAGCUUUUGAACGGCUUCAGUGAUAAGAGAAAUUGUCAGGCUAAUUCUUUCAGUUGAGCAACUGCUGAAUUUGUACAUAGCUUAUGCAUAUCAUUUUGUAUUUGUAUUCAACUUCUUUAUCCAAUUCUUUUAUUUCCUCUUUUCUUUUUCUGUCUUUUUUAAAAUCUUGUUAUGUUACCUUGUAACUUGAAAGCCCUCUCAGUUAUGAGAGUUACAAUAAAGUAUCAGUAUGUAUGUGGGUAAUUGUUCGCAGCAGAGCUUCUCCUAACCCAGAGAUUUCUUGGCCUAACUUUCCCUUCAAAACAUUUCAGUUAAAUUCUUUUAUAGCAAGAACAGUUUGUUUGUAAUCGCGUUUUAGGUGCGACACUGAUACUGCCGAAAGUUCCGUCUUGGGUCGCAAAUCUUUUGUGGUGGAUGAAAAACAGCGGUGCAAGGAGGCGAAAAGGGACAGUAAAGAGACCAAAAAGGAGAAAAAGAAAAAGAGAAAACACAGAGAAAUGCUUGAAGAGGAAAAUGAUAAAUUUGAUGAAGUAGUUGAUGACACAGAUUGUUUAAUUUGGACUCGAAAGAAAAACUUAAAGAACAUCGUUAUGAAUGGAGGGGGCGAUCAUAAACUGGAAGUACACAGUUCUUACGAAGAUUACGAGAAAGUCAAGAAAGGAAAAAGGAAAAAGAAAUCCAGAGACUUGCAGAAGGGAAACGAUUACAAACUCGAAGGUGAACGUGAUUCUUGCGGAGACAAGGCCGAAAAGCGGAAAAAGAAGAGGACAAAAAGUGGAGACGUGUACGGUACAAACGAUGAGGCGUUAAGUGAUAUUUGUUUUUAUACGAAUAACCUGGACGUGAAAGGAGCGAAAAGUAAAACGAGAAAACGUAAAGAUCAACUGGGAGAAAACGAUUACAUAGUUGAAGGUAAAUGUCCUGAUCGCAAAGAUGAUGUGGAUAAGAAGAGAGCGAAAAAGAAAAAGAAAAAACGUUGAUUUACAGGGAAUUAACAG